CACUGGGCUUAUGUAUGCCUUAUUUUGAUACCAUCCUACAAAGCUUCCAAGAUCUGUGCUGUGCUAGCUCCAAAUGAGAAAAUGAAACAAGUUUUAAAAGCAACCAUAGGAGAAGCUAAGGCACUGAUUUCUAAGGAACAAAUGGAAGCCAACGUAUGCGUUACUACCAGUAUGGUGAAAGAUGCACUCGACCAGCUCCGAGGAGCUGUAAUGAUUGUUUAUCCAAUGGGGCUCCCUCCAUAUGACCCAAUUAGAAUGGAGUUUGAAAAUAAAGAAGAUCUGUCAGGAACUCAAGCAGCCCUUGAGGUUAUUGAAGAACCAGAGGCCCAGCUGUGGUGGGCAGCAAAGGAACUCAAAAGAACAAACCAGCUUUCUGACUAUGUUGGCAAAAAUGAGAAAACUAAAAUUAUCAUCAAAAUACAAAAAAAAGGGCAAGGAGCUCCAGCACGUGAACCUGUCAUAAGUGGCGAGGAACAUAAACAGAUGAUUCUUUUUUAUCACAGAAGACAAGAAGAACUCAAGAAAUUAGAAGAAAAUGAUGAUGAUUCAUUUUUAGAUUCCGAAUGGGCUGAUAGUCAUGCCUUGAAAAGACAUUUUCAUGGUGUCAAGGAUAUUAAGUGGAGACCAAGAUAAGUUAUUUUGGCAAGAAAAAAUAUUUUUAAGAUAAAACUAACACAGCAAGUUACAUAGGUAACAUCAAUGCACAUUUACUCAUUAAAACUAAAUAUUAGAUUUUUAUUUAUUUAUAAUGUUGAUUGCCUUGUAGUCAAUAAAUCUAUAUUAUUAGGAU